AUGACAUCGCAGUUAGAUGAUUCAUUUUAUGAGAACUGUCCCCCACAGUCCCAGAUAGGUCGAACGUCAUUUGGUGCUGGGCCAGGAACUUCAGUGUAUGGAUGGCCGAGUAAAGGCGGCCUAUACGUACUCCAGAGCUACGAUGGUGUUGAACUUGGCUUCCUGCAGCUCGAUCGGUUCAAUAGCACAAUUCGGUCUCAGGACCCAGCCGAAGAGGACGCGCAUUGUGCCAACAUGCGCAAAUUAGGUGCACCCUGGUUUGAAAGCGAAGAAGCUUUUAUAUUGUCGGCCCUGCAGCAUUCCAGGCCACAUAAGCAGGUUCUCUUCGCAGGAUGGCCAUCUACUGGAGGCGUCUGGGUUCUCAAAACAACAUAUGCAGAAGCAAGCAGCAGAGGCCUAGGUGGGAUCAAGAAUGCCCUUAAUAUGGAGGAACGAUGUCAGGCAAUUGAGAGGUUAGGUGGGAGUUUCUAUGCCGACCCGAAAGAUUGCCGAAAUCUUGAUUUAUGA